UUCUCUGUCUCCUUCACCAAAAAACAGAUUCUAUCAUCCCACUCCCUUGGACUACAAUUUUAUUUCAAGCCUUCACAAUUUCUAUCUCCUGUAACCAAACAUCCCAUUCCCUUUCCCUCUAUCUGCAACCUCGAAAAUAAUAGGAAAAUAAAAACCUAAUUACUGUAUUGAAUUUGAUCCACGCCUGCCUCCAUCUUCUAUUCAACGCCUCUAAUAUUUGCCUCUUUCAUUUGCUAUUUGGUCCUUUUCAAUCCUGCAUUUUUUUUCUUUAUUUGAUUCGCCGAUACUUCAAUCAUUAUAAUUAUUAUCAGGAUUCUGAUCUUCAUAAUUUCUAGCGCUUCCUUUGAUUUAAUUUAAUUUAUUAAUUUGAUUUAUUCAUCAAUGCCCAAGCUAACUGAAAUUGAUUUGUGGUCUCUUCACCCAAUUUUUUUGUGGAAAUUACAGCAGUUUGCAGUUUUUUUUUAACUUCAAAGGGUUAUAUUACCUGGGUUUGUUAAUAGGGAAGUUUCCAUUUUUGGAACAGAUUCGCCUGAAAAUCAGAAUUUCCUAGUCUUUUUUUAAUCUCCUUCUAUUUUUGUAUUUUGUACCUGUUGUUGUUGUUGGUGGUGGUGGUUUCAAAUGUUUAAAAUUUGUUAUUUCCGGAAGAAAGUUGGUCUGUUGGUUAGCUAGUUGUGGAAUAAAGGGGUAAUAGAGGAAGGAAAACGCUUGCUCUUGUUUUAGGAUUGCAUGGGAGAGCAUGAAGGGUGGGCACAGCCACCAAGCGGGCUAAUACCAAAUGGCCUAUUGCCCGAAGAAGCGGCCUCUGUGAUCAGAGUGCUUGAUCUGGACCGAUGGUCAAAGGCCGAAGAGAGAACUGCUGAGCUUAUUGACUGCAUUCAGCCUAACCAGCCCUCUGAAGAGCUUCGCAAUGCUGUUGCAGAUUACGUGCAGCGGCUUAUUUUAAAGUGCUUUCCUUGCCAGGUGUUCACCUUUGGGUCUGUACCACUUAAGACUUAUUUACCUGAUGGGGAUAUUGACUUAACAGCCUUCAGUAAGAAUCCGAAUUUGAAAGACACAUGGGCUCAUCAGGUUCGUGAUAUGCUGGAGAAUGAGGAGAAGAAUGAAAAUGCUGAAUUCCGAGUUAAGGAGGUUCAGUACAUUCAAGCAGAGGUGAAGAUAAUAAAGUGUCUAGUGGAUAACAUUGUGGUGGAUAUUUCAUUUAACCAACUUGGUGGACUCUGCACCCUUUGUUUCCUUGAAGAGGUUGAUAAUUUGAUAAAUCAAAACCAUCUAUUCAAGCGUAGCAUCAUACUGAUAAAGGCCUGGUGUUACUAUGAGAGCCGUAUACUGGGUGCUCACCAUGGAUUGAUCUCCACUUAUGCUUUGGAGACCUUGGUUCUAUAUAUAUUUCAUGUUUUCAACAAUUCCUUUGCGGGUCCUCUUGAGGUCCUUUAUCGUUUUCUUGAGUUCUUCAGUAAGUUUGAUUGGAAUAAUUUCUGUGUUAGCCUCUGGGGUCCUGUACCUAUUAGUUCACUUCCAGAUGUAACAGCGGAACCUCCUCGAAAGGAUGGUGGAGAGUUACUACUUAGCAAAUUAUUUCUUGAGGCUUGUAGUGCAGUAUAUGCUGUUUUACCUGCUGGACAAGAUAAUAAAGGGCAACCCUUUUUGUCCAAACACUUCAAUGUUAUUGAUCCUUUGCGUAUAAACAACAACCUGGGACGCAGUGUCAGUAAAGGUAACUUCUUUAGGAUACGCGGUGCAUUUGCAUUUGGAGCUAAAAGGCUAGCUAGGUUACUUGAUGGCCCCACAGAAGACCUUUGUUUUGAAGUAAAUCAGUUCUUUCUGAACACCUGGGAGAGACAUGGUGGUGGCCAUCGUCCUGAUGCACCAAGGAAUCGUUUGUCGCGGUUGAGAUUGUCAAAUCAUGAUCACUUGCAUGUACCUGAGAAUCUCGGGAACAAUUCAAGCAGCAAACCUUCUGGUUGUGAAGCUCAAGUCGAUGGGGCUCAAGGCAUGCACAGUGUUCCCUCCCAGCAUGAUAAUUAUUCCCUAGAAAGCACAUGCAAAGGUAGUCAAGUUCCAAAAGUUUCUCGUACUCAAAGCCAAAAGACUUAUGCUAACACAAACAGCACAAGGACUACCCCUGAUCAGAGUAGAGGGGAAUCUACUUCCAAUCAGAACAUGCAUAUUGAUAAAAGUCAGAGAAGUGCAAAACCUGACAACUUUAUCACUGACUUUCAGGGAAGGUAUCUUUUUGCGAGGACACGCUCUAGUCCCGAGCUUGCAGAGACAUAUGGUGAAAUUUCUUCUCAAGGAAGGCGUAACGAAGUCCAGGAAAGCAGAAAAGGCCAAGCCUCAUCUGCUAGGCUGGAUCGUAGCAGGUGGAAAAACCUGAAAUCUGAUAAUUUGUCAAAUCAUGCUAUUAGCUCAACUGAUGAUCCUUCAUCUGUUAGGCAUGCCAUUUCCCGUGAAAGCCUUGAUCCUGCUGCUGCUUCAAAUAGGUACCGCAAUGAUUCGGGCUUGGGUGCCAUGGGUGAAGAAUUUGUUUCUGUCCUAGGGACACAGGGGUUGCAGCAGGAAGAGCAAGAUCUUGUGAAUGUGAUGGCUUCAUCUACUGGCCUGGGUUUCAAUGGACAGGUUCAUAUUCCAAUGAAUAUGGCACCCGGCCAUGUAUCUCUUCCAAUUCCACCUUCUGUUCUAGCUUCAUUGGGAUAUGGUCAGAGAAAUAUGGGUGGAAUGGUGCCCACAAAUAUUCCCUUCAUAGAUACUCCUUGGGGUUCAAAUAUGCAAUUUCCUGAAGGUUUGGUUUCUUCACCGUUAACCCAUUAUUUUCCUGGCAUUGAAUUGGCUUCAAACCAAGAAGAAUCAAUUGAACCUGGUAGUGAGAAUUUUGCUCCCAUGGAAAUGAAUGUCAGGGAGACUGAUCAUGAUUUCUGGCAUGAGCAGGAAAGGGGCUCCACUAGUGGGUUUGAUCUUGAUAAUGGAAGCUUUGAGAUGCAUCAAUCAGAUGAUCUGCAGCCUAGUUCAUCCAGUUAUAAUUCUGUUUCAUCAUCUCGAAGAGGUGGUUCUGGUAACUCUUUGAGAGUUCACCAGAAGUUCACCAGAGAAACCCGAGGAUCAGCUAGGGAAGAACUUACAGAUGCUUUAACAUAUCAAGAAAACAGAGGUACUGAAGAAUACUUGGACAAUAGAAGUGCAAGUUCAAGGUCCUUUCCUACUGUGAGAAGUAAAACCUCAUCCGAGAGUUCGUGGGAGGGAUCAUCAGCGAAGGUGUCAAAGCCUGUGAAGGAAAGGAGGGGUAGGAAAAUGGCUUCUUCUGCUUUGCAGUCUUCUGUUUAUGGAAAAGGUAAGAGUGCCUCUGAACACUCUUCCAAUCAGACAGAUGAUGACAACAAAGAUUGGAAUACGCUAUCAACAAUGGGCGCUGAGCCUGAAAGAAGUGUGGGAUCCCAGUCUGAAUCUUCUGAUUCUUUGCAUGUUUCAAGGCAUCAAGUACCUGGAUAUGAAUCAGCACAGCCUAGUGAAUCUGAGUCAUUGAUACCCAUAGCUCCAGUGCUCCUAGGUCCUGGUUCACGGCAAAGAUCUACCGAUGAUUCAGGGGCUGUUCCUUUAACAUUUUAUCCUACAGGGCCACCAGUUCCAUUUGUUACAAUGCUUCCACUGUACAGCUUCCCAGCUGAGACAGGAACUUCUGGUGCAUCAACCGACCAAUUUCGCAGCGAGGAGGGCCAUGAUAACAGUGACUCUGGUCAAAACCUUGAAACAUCUGAGGGGCUUGAUCAAUCUGAGGUUGUAGGGACUUCCAGUUCUUUGCGAAUGGCUGCUUCUGUUGAGCCAUUGGAGCACAAAUCUGACAUUCUUAAUAGUGAUUUUGCUAGCCACUUGCAAAACUUGCAGUUUGGGCGAUUGUGCCAAAACACACGAAAUCCUGCACCUGUGGUUUAUCCUUCGCCUGUUAUGGUGCCGCCUGUAUACUUGCAGGGCUGUUUUCCAUGGGAUGGUCCUGGGAGACCUUUUUCAAACAACAUGAAUCUUUUUACUCAGCUUAUGAGCUAUGGGCCUCGUAUUGUUCCAGGUGCUCCUCUACAGUCUGCAUCUAAUAGACCUGUUGGUGUAUACCAGCAUUAUGUGGAUGAGAUGCCAAGAUAUCGUGGUGGUACUGGGACCUACUUGCCAAAUCCAAAGGUCUCUGUCCGAGACAGGCACGCAACAAAUAUGAGAAAGGGAAAUUACAACUACAAUAGAAGUGACCACCACAGUGAUAGGGAAGGGAACUGGAAUAACAAUUCUAGAGCACGAGCUGCUGGGCGCCGCGGCAACAGUCGCAGCCAAGCUGAGAAGUCAAAUUCAAGGCCAGACCAAUUGGCAGCAGGUGAAAGCCGAGUUGAGAGAACAUUGAGUUUGCAUAGACAUGAUACAUUCUCUUUGUACCAGUCUCAGAAUGGCCCAAUCCACACAAACUCCACUCAAAGUGGUUCUGCCAAUGUGGCAUAUAGCAUGUAUCCAUUACCAUCCUUGAAUCCCGGUGGAAUGUCAUCAAAUGAACCUACCAUUUCAUCUGUUGUCAUGCUGUAUCCUUAUGAUCAUAAUACUGGCUAUGGUUCUGCAGAACAUCUUGGGUUUGGGUCUCCUCGGCCGGUAGGUUUCUCGGGUGUAAACGAGACCUUGCAUUUAAAUGAGAGGAGUCAAUCAGGUGGGGGGUUUGGGGACCAAAGGUUUCAUGGCAGCUUUGCUCAAUGGCCAUCACCAGAUCAGCCUUCUUCGCCCCAUGUCCAGAGGGGAAUUUGACUUUAUUUGCCAAAUCAGUGGCCUGGCGGAAUCAGGAAUUAUCAACUGAAGGAUGAGGAUUUCCCCCCUUGCAUUUCCGAACCAGGGAGAGAAUGAUGGUGGGAGAAACUAUAACGAGAGAACCUUCAACUGCAAAGUUUUUCGAUUCUCACCUCAUUGGUAAAUGGUAUUUCAGUUCGAUCAAUCUCAUAAUUUUCUCAAGGUCACACUUCUUCAUGUCUUGUGCUUGUGUGUACACUAGAAAUCAUUUUCUAACCUGUCCUGCUUACAAGAAUUAACAGAUUGGCAGAUAACAGGGAUGCAGGCUCAGUGAUUAGUUUUUUUAAAAAAAUAUAUAUUUUAGGGUUCAACACUUUGUAACUCCACUGAUGUAGAAGCUCACAGGUUUAGAAUCUAGAACUUUCAUCGUGUUCUAAAGUUGUUUCGCAUGAUUUUCUUCCCCACAAUGUAUUAGGGAAUUUGAUUCAUAAGCUUAGUGUACCAGCUAAAUUUUACUAGUUUCCAAAAGUUGACAAUGUAGCAAUACCACCUCCGAAGAUAGGUAAAAAUGAUUUCCAUUGUUUCAUUGCUAAAAA